AUGAAUAUACAAGAUAAAUCAUUGAUGAAUAACGAUCCAUUACAAUUCGAUCAUGCAUAUGCACAAUCGUUUACUUGUCUGAACGAUGCUUCGUUUGAAUCGAAUAAUUAUUUUUACGCUCAACGUCAAUACCAACAACACUAUUAUCCUCAAUAUUAUUUUCAAUCAUUAUCAAAUGACGAUUCAAAUUAUUAUCAACAACAAUCGAAUAUAAAUUACGCACAAAAUUAUUCAUCUCACUCAUAUAGUGAACCAUUAAGUAUUAAAGCAAACUCAGAUGUAUCGAAUGAAGAUUGUAAAGAUUCAACACCACCAUUAGUAUCAGAAUCGAAUUCGAAAAGAAAGACGUCAAGCGACAGUAGUAAACGACCAAGACGUUUACGUACACAUUUUACAUCAAGCCAAUUACAACAUCUCGAAAUGACAUUUACCUAUAAUAUAUAUCCAGAUGUAAAUUUUCGUGAAGAAAUUGCAGCACAAACAGAAUUAACUGAAGCAAAAGUAAAAGUGUGGUUUAAAAAUCGACGAGCAAAAUUUCGAAAGAAACAAAAAGGACACAAUGGUCCGUCUUUACCAUUGCCUUUACCACCACCACCACCACCGCCUCAAAUGCCAUCGCUACCUCCACCUCAUCAAUUAUCAUCAUCAUCAUCAUCCUCGAUGAUUCUCGAACAGCCAUCGGUUUGGGAAACAACAGGAGAAUCUUCGUCGUCAACAAAUGAUUAUUCAAAUCCACAGACCAAUUAUUAUCAUCAUCAUCAUCAUGCAUGGUGGACAGGAUAA